AUGGCACAGAAAGGAACGCGCAUAGGACCGCUGCCUGGGGGUCGCCGGGGCGCGUCUGGAGCUGGCGCUGGACGCGGCAGCAUGCGGGCCGCCAGCCGCGCGCAAGGAGCUGCACGAUCACCUAGCAGCCCCUCGCAUCCAUCAUCCCCACCAGAAGGCUUGGUGUCGGCUGGGUCUUCUCGGACCCAGCAAGCGGCACCCGCCGCUGGUGGAGCACGUCGCAUGCGUUGGCCAAAGUCCAUGAACGAAAACGCAUUGCGGGCGUACUAUAGGGCGAAAGGGGAAGAAACUGUGGGAAUAGCGUAUAGGUCUCGGAUGCAUUGCUUUUUUGCUGAGCUGGAGCCGUCUAUCUCCGUCACGGAACAAAACCUGGCAGACCGAGUUCGGUACAUCAUGCGCUCGAAAAUAUUUGAUGAUGCCGAACUCGAACGACUACGACGUGAGGCUAUUCCGUCGUCGAAUGAAUCAGCUAUGGCUGGAGAUGCAGCUCCACAUUCGACAGACCAGCAUCCACACGUGGAAGCCGCCAUGGAUCUUCCAGUUGUGGUUGAUUCGAACGACGAUGAAAUAGUCUCCCACGAACUAGAACAAAUGAGGAGUAUAUUGGAAGAGGCGAUUUUGGAAACGCGCAGCACCCCUCUCGAAAAUCGACCGCGACUUCCCCACAUACCCCUAAGCAAGCGAAAUCGGGCUGUCGUGAGGGCUCUUAACCCAAUGCUGGUGACCUAUUUGGAAGACAGCCGGGACCUUUGCGAGACGGACUCGAUUCUCUUUGGCGCCGCAGUGGCAGUUUGCCGUAUUAUUGGCGCCAAACUUCCCAUGAUUGGACGCGCUACUACACAAAGUAGCGCUAUCCCAGCAUGGAGAAGAAGAAUUGAGGAACGUAUCGCAAAGGCUAGAGCUCUCAUCGGCAGACUGAUAUGCUUCAGAUCAGGCAACAACAGGCCAAGAAUUGUGCGCACCGUCAGGAUGGCGUUUGCUUGGACAAAUGUCAGUUUGUCCCAGCCGGAUAUAACGCAAAAACUGACGGAGCGCAUAGAUGAUCUGAAGCAGAGAAUCGCUGCUUGGGGAAAGCGGAUUCGGCGAUAUACCGAGAGGUCGACACGGUUCAACCAGAAUCGUCUCUUCCAGAGUGAUCAGAAGAGGCUCUAUGAAUCAUUGGAGUGA